ACGAAAUUGUAGGUGGCUCCACGACAGUAAUGCGGUUCGACAACAAUUGUUGUAGUUCAUUAAAUAAAUUUGUUCUACGAUUUUAGUGAAGAUAAAAAAUUGAAAUACAUGAGAAAAUUAGAUACACAAGAGGCCUGGGGUGCCGAAAGGUUAGAAGCGCAAUUAGAAGCCGCUCGAGAUGGCCUCCGAGGACUCGAUCGAAGCAUUCGAAAAAUCUUGGGCCGGGAUCUCCCUGAUGGAGAAAACGGUCCGCUACAACCUCCACCAAGAUUAUCACAAAAAAGACCAUUACAAGAAGAAAGAAGACGUGUCAUAUCAGAUUUUGUUAACAAUGAAUUACCUGGUGGAAAAAGAAGAUGGCAAGGUUCAAAUGGAGAACCAAAAACAGUUUUCAGUCGAUUAAGUGCACGUGUACCUUCUAAUAAUGAUGAUAGUGCUGACGAAGAUGAUAAUGUAAUUAAGCCAGCAGUGUCUUCAAGAGUAAUAGCAACUCCAAGAGAAAUUCCAUCUAGACAGGAAGUUAUUAGACGUGAAAGAAUAGAUGAACGAAGCAGACAAAGAAAUAAACGAAUGUUUGGAGCUCUUUUAGGUACAUUACAAAAAUUUCGACAAGAGGAAACUAAAUUGAAAGCAAAGGAAGAUAAAAAGGCAGAAGUAGAGGCAAGAGUAGAAGAAGCCAGAAGAAGAGAAAAGGAAGAAUUACGACGAGAAAGACAACAAUUAUUCUUAUCACGGAAACGACAAUUAGCGGAAGUUCGUGCUUUAGAAGCAAAAUUGGCGCGUAGUCGACAAUUUCAAGAUUGGCGCGCUGCACAAUUACCACUUGCUUCAUUUAUUAAAACGCGUGCUCAACCUUCUAUUUAUUACGUACCAAAGCGUAAACAUCCUCAUACUGAUGUUUUAUUAGCUCAAUCGGCAAAAGAACUUCAUGAGGAAAUUGAAAGAAGGGAGAAAGCAUUAAUCGAAGAAUUAGAACUUAUAGAAGUACAAGUAGGUCUUGGAAAACAUCAACAAAAUUUUGAUGGAUCUACAACGUUAAAUACAACAGCGGAAGUUCAACAAUCAACGGAAGAAGGAGAAGAAAAUCGUGACCCAAAUCCAGAGAAGACCUUAGAAUCAGAAAAUAAUGAACCAGCUGAUGUUUCUAUGAAGUCUGAUAAAGAAGAAAUCUAUGAAAACACAAAUGAUAUAGAAAAGAAAGAAGAAAUAAAAGUAGACGAAGCAAAUUACGAUAAAGAUGAAAAUUUUGACAAAGACGAAAAUUUCGACAAAGACGAAAAUUUCGACAAGGAUGAAAAUUAUGACAAAGAUGAAAAUACAGACAAAGAUGAAAACUAUGAUAAAGAUGAAACCUAUGAUAAAGAAGAAACUUACGAUAAAGAUGAAAAUUACGAGAAGGAAGAAAACUUUGAAAACACAAAUGAUAUUGAAAAAAAGGAAGAAGUGCAAGUAGACGAAGUAACAAAUGAAAAUAAUGGCUAGUAUUAAAUGUACUUACAAUGCUUGUACAUAUUCCGUACAUUGAAUGGUCCAACGAAGAAAAAUAUGUUUUUCUUAUACGACACUUUAUGCGUGCAAAUGAAUUUUACAAUUUUCAAAGGAAAAAAAUUUCACUUUUUACUUGUUAUCAUAUAGAUAUAAAUUCAUUCCCUUCAUCAAAUUACAUACUCAUUUUUUCAUCAUGCAUCAAACGAUGGAUGUUAUAAAGAUUUCUCUUAGAUGUAAGAAAAAUCAUUAUGAUCAAGAGUAGUUGCAUUUCAUUGGAAUCCCAUAUUUUUUAAAUGUUAUAUAUUUGUAUCAUGGCUGUUGUAGCAUAUUAUUUAAAUAACUACCAUCUUGUAAGUAGAGAAGAAGAAAAACCUGGUGGAGAAAUAAGUAUGUCAAUGAACUUUCAUUCAUCAAUUCGAUAUAUUUUUAUUGAAAAAUUUAUGUAAAAUAGUUAUAAUUCAUUAUUUUCUUUGUAUCAGUAUCUAUCUUUUAAUACAUAUACAAAGAAGAGAAGCAUUGAAUAAAUUAUUUAAUGCUUUACAUAUAUGGUAGAUUAAAGUGUAAAUUGAAACCUUGAGCAUAUCUCUUGGUAAAAUAGCAUAGUUUGAACUCUGAUGCAGAUUUAUAUAUCUGUGUUUUUUUAAUCGUACACGACAUAAAUACACAUUGGAAUAAUUAAUACAAAUAUUAAAAGCGGGUAACUUUUCUUCGUAGCAAUAUUAAUAGAUACUUGUUACAUAAAACCAAUUUGAAUUCAUCGUCAUAAUAAAAAUAAUUUUUGUUUUGACUCUUUAAGAUAAAUAAAAAAAAGUCAAAUAAAA